ACAACCGCUUCCUGACCCAGGCAUCCCGAACCUAACCAUGAGUCCCUCACAGAUCGCCGGCGCAAUUCUUGUGGCCUUCUGCGUUCAGCAGGUGGACUCGCUGAAAAUUGUGGGUCACGCCAUUGGAGGCUCCGAAGUGUUCGAGCGCGAGAAGUUCAACAUCAGUUCCAAAUCUGACCCCAAGCAAGGCGUUACUGGAGACGUGAGCAAGACGACAGACAAACAGUUAGCUAUUUUGUUCCAGAUUAAGCCUAUUAGAGAGGAAGAAGGCAGUGAAGGUCCUGGCGGAGCGGGCGACGAAGAUGCCCGUAGCGACACGGUUGAAGCCCUGAAGAAGGCACUUGGAGGAGCUGUGGCGGAGUUCAUUCCCGUCGACUAAUAAUCUCGUCAACCAGACAUUGGGCACCGUGUCAAACGCAUGCAAACGCAAAAAAAAAAAAAAAA